CAACCGAAGGGAGGGCCCCACCCGCUCCAUCCACUCCCCACAUGUCAUCAUCUUCUUCAUAGAUAAGUUCUGAACUCCACUGAGAUUACGUGUCAACAUUCUUCAUUCAAUUCUCCCUCCUCCAAGUCCCAAGAACAAGGAAAAGUCCCCUCUUUCUUCGGAUCCAUUCAAUUUCUUGAACGAUCGAGAUCAAGAAACGUGGAAAAAAUGGAUCUUGAUGAGUGGGAAGUCUUGCCGGAAGAUGGGGUUCUUCUCGUCGGCGACGGCGAUGGUGGGAAGAGACUGUUUUCAGGAAACACCCUCGGCGGCGGCGGCGGGGGAGACAGUGUGUUUGAUAUGAACUACUUCGUCUGCCCUCCGCCGGGAAAUUCCUCCGGCCAAUUUGUCGAAAUUACAAGCAGAGAAACCGCCGGAGCUCUGCCGCCUCCGUUUCAAGUUCAGGUCGCCGUCGGCGACCAUCAGAACAGGGACACGGCGAGCCCCGUGCCCCUCUCGGUUCCAGCUCUGGUCGACGCCGGGGACCGCGGAGCAGAAACGGGUAAAGAGCCGGAAAGAGCGUCGCAGGUUUUCUUCAAGAAAAAGAAGGAAUCUGAGUUCCCGUCGGCGGACAUGAAAUUGGACCAUCCCAAGUCAGGCAAUAGCGCCGUCGUGCCGCAGAUCGACCUCGGGGAGCUUUACAAAGCCGACCAGGCUGAGGACGCCGACAAUUGCUCAUCGCCGGCAGGACAGGCGGAGGAUUACGGCGGCAGGGGUACCGACGGUGGCGAUCGAGAAAGGGGCGGCCGGAAUGUGUGGAACUGGGGGAUGGCCGGGAUCGGAGCGAUUUUUGGGUUUGGGGUAGUGGCGGUGGUAUCAACGGCGUGCAUUCUCUUCAUCGGAAGACGGGAGGAGCACCACCGGCAGAUUCACAAGCUCCGGUUUGAUAUCUAUGGAGAUGAGAAGAGGAUGAAGCAGAUGGUAAGAGAUGCAGGGAAGAUGAAUGGGGCUGCAAUUACAGGAGCUCACCUCACAUUUGGAGGCCAUCAUGAAGCACUUCACUCUAUGCAUUAAGAACUACUCUUGUUCUUUUGACAAUAGAAUUUUACCCCUCUUGAUCCAGUUUACAAACCUAACUCUCGCUUUCAUCUUGGAAUAUUAUUGUACCGUUCUAACGAAUGCCAAAGGAUUUGGAGAGAGUUGGGUUUGUAAGGUAGAUUAAGAAGGGCAGGACCGAUACUUCAGACCCAAUAGAGCAUCGUAUUAUCCCAAAAUGGUUCGACAUCAUUUUAUGACAUCAAUACCAAAAGAACCCACCCAAUUGUUACUAUAUUUCAAAUGUCUCAUGUUAUGUGUACAUAAUAAACCCUAGGUUAUACUUUUUCAUUUCAAGUGUGUGAUUAUAUACAAGACUUAUAUUGUAAGGUUGAUAUAAAAGCUUUAAGGUUGAUUUUAUUUAUUCAUUGAUGAAGUUGAAUGAUUUGUUCUCAGUGUGUCAUAUGUUUUCUCUUGUUUUCCAUUUCAAUGUGUCACAAAACAUUUGACUAAAGAUAAAAUGCCAUUGUUGCUCCAAGAGUUUUUAUGUCUAUAUUGGUGCUUCAAGCCCGUUUAACAAUUAAAAUACAUUGGUGCAAGCCAUCGGAGCUCCUCAAUAAUGCUCCCUCUGAGACACAAACUGGUAUAUGAGAACUCAUUUUAGAACAGAGGUAAUACAAUGUAAUGAAAUAUAGAAAGAAAAAUGGUAUAAAAUAUCUAAAGAUGUCUCAGAUUUCAACAAAAGCAUGGCCAUUACAAUAUAAGCCAAGCUUAGUCAGGAAAUUGAUAAUUUUGAUUUUGCUGGCUCAAGGAUGGCACAAAUUCAUGGAUAGAAAUCUCAAAAUGCCUCUUAACCAGCAACAAGAAUUCAAUUGUUCACAGAUUUGAUUCUUUUUUUCAGAAUAAAAAAGAAAACUAUAUAUCAAAAGGCAUCAGUUUUAAAAAGCUCGAAUUUUGAAGCCUCAUGGAUGAAUCAGCUCAAAAAAUAUAAACAUUCAUCAUCUGCCUUUCAAACAUUUCAAGAAACAAGUUGAAAUUUUGUAUGAAUCAACGGACUGAGAAACGAGAAAAUCUCAGAUUUUUUCACGCCAUAAACAAGUUCGAGUUCUAGAACAAGAACAACCAUCGUUCAUCUUGCUCUCCGCCCCUGUCUGAACCCUACGGUUGUCCGCUUAUUAGGCUCCUCCGUCGAGUUAUUCUAAGGCGAAAUCCAUACAUCCCAAAAAAAAAUCAAACCGAUUCAAAAAAACGACGAAAUUCAAGCAACGGAAAUGAAGAACGACUGAAAUCGAAGGGAUAUCCAGGGCGAAUUGGAGGAAAAUCGAUGGAGAUGAGCGAAGAUCCUCACCGAGCGCCCGGAUCUGAAGAUCCAAAUAAUGAAAUUUGGCCAGAAGAUUUUUUGCUAUGCGCCCCCUAACUAAGCCAGAUGAAACAGCAAGCGAAACUUGAAUCCCUAAGGCUACUCAGAAGGGCGAACGAACAAUAAAAUGGAGAGGAAAUGAAACGAAGAUUUGCAGAAACGAGUGGGGAAAUUAGGGU